AUGGUAAAGCUUUUGAAAUCGAUCCCAGCACACUCAGACAAAGCUUGGUCGGUGAGUUCUCAUCAGACGCUACCAUUGUUGGCCACUGCGUCAAGUGAUAAGACUAGUAAGAUCUUCAAGCUUUCCAGAGAGCAGAAUUUCCCACUUAUCGGAAACUUGGAAGAAACUCACAAAAGAUCAGUCAGAACGGUCAGUUUCAAGCCCCCUCUCUCAUCUUCUGAAUCCGAAUUUGUUGAUUUACCCGCUUUGGCUUGCGGCUCCUUUGAUUCUACCAUCUCAGUAUGGGGUAUUGACGAACCCGAAGAAUUACUCAACAAUGAGGAAGAUUUGGGCGAGUACGAAGACCAGAGAGCCGCAGAGGCAAGAAAGAAGAGAGAAAUCGAUAUUUUGACAAGUGCAUCGAAUGAAUGGAAUCUUAUGGCCUUGAUUGAGGGCCAUGAAAACGAGGUCAAGGCUGUAGCAUGGAAUAAAACGGGUAAUUACUUGGCCUCGUGCUCGAGAGACAAAACCAUUUGGAUUUGGGAGACAGAUGCUGAAACCUUAGAGGAAUUUGAGUGUAUUUCUGUGUUAAGUGACCAUGAACAUGAUAUCAAGCAUAUAAUAUGGCAUCCUAAGAUGAACUUGUUGGCCAGUUCUUCGUACGAUGACACCAUCAGAUUGUAUAAGCAGGACGACGACGACGAAGAUUGGUCAUGUGUUGGAAUUCUCAAUGGCCAUGAUGGUACAGUGUGGUGUUCAUCCUUCGAAAACCCUGACUGCAGUGUUGCAUCCAAGGACAAGAUCAGAUUAGUGUCUGUAUCUGACGACUUGACUGCUCGUGUGUGGGUAAGCAAUGCCAGUCCUACUGAAGAUGAAGAGGAGAAGGGUACUGGAAUUCCUAGCUCCAUAAAGCACCGUAGCAGCGAAAUGGAGUGGGAGUUGCAGAGUAUUCUUCCGGAAGUUCAUAAGUAUGCUAUCUACUCUGUGUCAUGGUCACCAAAGAGUGGUAGAAUCGCCACAACAGGAGCCGACGGCCAAAUUGCUGUGUACAAGGAAACGAAUGGAGUAUGGGAAGUUGAAAGUGUUCACAAAUCAUCGCAUGGAGUAUAUGAAAUCAACUGUGUUUCGUGGUGUACGUUGAGCAAUGGCGAAGAGGUACUUGUCUCGGCCGGAGACGAUGGCUACAUUAACAUAUGGGAGGCAUGA